GGUGUCAGAAGUGGGAUGGUGGGUGGAGCAAGCGGAGAGCUGUGUACAUGUGAGGGACUUGGUAUUGAGAAGCAUGGAGACACGCUCUCCCAAAGGAAGGGGGUAAUGAAAGCGAAAGUAGAAUUGCUCAGAUCGAACUUCGCCGACGCAUUGCUGUACAGGAUGUCGUUGACGUUCUUUGGCUGGGACGUGGUGUACGAUGACAAAUCCCUGGUGUUGGAACUGGGGGCAGAGCAGGAGCCUCAAAAGGGGGAUUCUUACACUAUGUACCAUGGCACCAAUCUCCAGACUGCUCGGCUCAUCAUCACCAAUGGCUUCCGCCAGUCCCCUGAUGGCAUGUUGGGCCCCGGUGUGUACGUGAGCCGCAACCAGCAGAAGGCAGAGCGCUACCCGCUAAAAUCCCCCCCCUCCAACCGUGUGGUGCUGCAGCUGCGUGUUAACGCUGGUCGUGUAAAACGCAUCGACAAAGACAACCACCCUAUGCAAAAGAGCUGGAACGCAGCAGGGUACGACACCGCAUGGGUUCCCCCCAACUGUGGCAUGCAAUCCGUGCCCAGCGGCCUGGAGGAGGACUGUGUGUUUGACCCCCAGCGCAUCGUGGUCACUAGUAUCGCCAAGGCGCCCAACCCCACCAUCCUGGCUGAGCUAAAGCAGUUGGUUUCACAGAAGCGGGCUGGGAUUGGAAGGGGUGGAGACAUGCAGGUUGCGGUGGCUGGGGGUGUGUGUACCCUGUGCAAGAGGAAAACCACACCAGAUCGCACACAUACGCUGCUCCCGUGCUGGGGCUGCGGACAGAACAUCUGCACCCUAAUGACCAAACACACCUGCUCUGCCAGUGCCUGACUCGGGGGGUAGGGUAGAAGACAAGGAGUAGCAGUGAUGUGUCAUGGUCUAGUAGUCUUCGGUGGUGUGUUAUUGCAUACAUGUAUCUCAGGGACAUCAUUUUUUUCUCCUGUAAAAUAUAUGCUGUACAUCAAUCAUGUGGCCAGAAUGUAUCUCCUGAACAAACCUUUUAUCUCCACAUGUAGGCUUAUGUUGUAUGUGGCUGUUUUGGUCAACAAUGAUGUGCCAGAGGGCAUCAACGAAGACACAUAGCAUGUUCUUGUACAGUACCAGUCAAAAGUUUGGACACACCUACUCAUUCCAGGGUUUUUUAUUUUUUGCAGAGUAAUAGUAAAGAGUGUUAAAUCAAAAUCUAUUUUAUGAGAUUCUUUAAAGUAGCCACCCU